AUGGUGUUUUACCCAACGUUGGGUAGCGAGGCAAGGUGCUAUGUUGGAUCAGAAUCGGUCGCGCUCGAAGUAGGUGGUGAGGGAGCAAUGGCAUUCUGGUGACAAUUAUCGACCCAUGUUAGUAUCAUACAAAAGGACAAUAUGAUGACCGGAUACCACGUACCUGAAAUAAACUGAACUUGAGGUUGCUUUAGUGCAGCCCUCCUGAUUAACCCUU